CCGGAAGCGGCGGAGCGUGAGGGCGGAAGGCGGUCGUUGUGGAGGCAGUGGCGGCGGUGGGCGGUCUGUCUUGAGCGGUUGGCGUAAAAUGUCGAUCGAAAUCGAGUCCUCCGACGUGAUCCGGCUGAUCAUGCAAUACUUGAAAGAGAACAGCCUCCACCGAGCCCUUGCCACCCUGCAGGAGGAAACAACUGUGUCCCUCAAUACUGUGGACAGUAUCGAGAGCUUUGUGGCCGACAUCAACAGUGGGCACUGGGACACAGUGCUGCAAGCCAUACAGUCACUGAAGCUGCCCGACAAGACCCUCAUUGAUCUCUACGAGCAGGUUGUGCUGGAGUUGAUUGAGCUCCGGGAACUAGGUGCUGCCAGGUCUCUCCUGAGACAAACAGAUCCCAUGAUUAUGCUAAAACAAACUCAGCCAGAGCGGUACAUCCACCUCGAAAACCUUCUGGCCAGAUCUUACUUUGAUCCUCGUGAGGCAUACCCAGAUGGAAGUAGCAAAGAGAAGCGGAGAGCUGCCAUUGCACAAGCAUUAGCUGGAGAAGUCAGCGUGGUACCUCCAUCUCGUCUUAUGGCGUUGUUGGGACAGGCACUGAAAUGGCAGCAGCAUCAGGGCCUGCUUCCUCCUGGUAUGACAAUUGACUUGUUCAGAGGCAAAGCAGCUGUGAAAGAUGUAGAAGAAGAAAAGUUUCCAACGCAGCUGAGUAGGCAUAUUAAGUUUGGGCAGAAGUCGCAUGUAGAGUGUGCUCGGUUUUCUCCGGAUGGACAGUAUCUGGUUACUGGCUCUGUUGAUGGUUUCAUUGAAGUAUGGAACUUCACUACUGGAAAGAUCAGGAAGGAUCUGAAGUACCAGGCACAAGAUAAUUUUAUGAUGAUGGAUGAUGCAGUGCUAUGCAUGUGCUUCAGUAGAGAUACAGAGAUGCUAGCAACUGGAGCACAAGACGGAAAGAUCAAGGUGUGGAAAAUCCAGAGUGGUCAGUGUCUGAGAAGAUUUGAACGAGCACACAGUAAAGGGGUUACAUGCCUCAGUUUCUCUAAAGACAGCAGCCAAAUUCUUAGUGCUUCUUUUGAUCAGACAAUCAGGAUUCAUGGUUUAAAAUCUGGAAAAACUUUAAAGGAAUUCCGUGGUCAUUCUUCCUUCGUCAAUGAAGCUACUUUUACCCAGGAUGGACACUAUAUUAUCAGUGCGUCCUCUGAUGGCACAGUGAAGGUUUGGAAUGUGAAGACGACAGAGUGCUCAAACACCUUCAAAUCUCUUGGCAGCACUGCUGGGACAGACAUUACAGUGAACAGUGUGAUUCUUCUGCCUAAAAACCCAGAACACUUUGUUGUUUGCAACAGAUCGAAUACAGUCGUCAUUAUGAAUAUGCAAGGACAAAUUGUAAGAAGUUUUAGCUCUGGUAAGAGGGAAGGUGGUGACUUUGUCUGCUCUGCACUUUCACCUCGUGGUGAAUGGAUCUACUGUGUUGGUGAAGAUUUUGUGCUCUAUUGCUUUAGCACAGUGACUGGCAAGCUAGAGAGAACUCUGACGGUUCAUGAAAAAGAUGUCAUUGGCAUUGCUCAUCACCCCCACCAGAACCUGAUCGCCACUUACAGUGAAGAUGGCCUCCUCAAGCUCUGGAAGCCAUAGUUGCAUUUUACAAUGAGCUAUGAAGUGCGCCUGUUAGUUGCAGAUUAUUGGUGUUUGUGUUUUAACCAGGUUUAAAUGCACAGUGUGUGUUACUUGCUCAGUUUUCUCUUCAGGUUUCCAGAGAAUGACAUUUUAACUUCUUGGCCUAAAGUUAGGUAGACUGAUGCUUAAAUAUAAGCAUCAGUAAUUUCAAAUACUUUGAUUUUUACCAGAGUAGCUGAAGCAACUUCAGUGAGUGUUUUUUGUCUCCUGAAGUCUGUACUCUUCCUGCAGUGUUUAUAGAAGUUGAAUGAGCUAGGAACUAGAUACACUUAAAAGUGGUUGCUGACUUCCUAGAAUACAGUAAAACACUUUCUUUAUUUGAAUAAAGAAAGUGGAGUGGGAAAACUGUCUCUUCUUACUGAAGCAAAGGCAGUUUUCCUGGAAUGCAGAUGAGGCUACUCUGUCCUCAGCUUGAAGGCAGGGGCUUUUCUAGUCCAGUGGGUUUUGCUGUGAUCAAUUUUCAGUAUAAUUUUUCCGAUUAUACGUAUUUAGUAUCACGCAGCUUCCUUGGAAAAAAACUAAUCUUCCCCAUCUCCCAGCACUUCCUGCUAUAUACCUGCCUAACAUGGCAGUUAUUUUUUGGUUUUUGUCUUUUUUUUUUGUCAUUUUUUUGGUUCAUUGGUUUGGGGUUUUUUGUUUUUGUUUUUUUGUUUUGUUUUCCUUCCAGGCUAAAAGGAAUUAUUACCUGGGCCCUCUUCCAAUAAGUAUGUAAUGUUUUCAGACCAGCUUCAACUGAAGCAGAUCUCAAAGGAUCAAUAUUCUAAAACAUGCAAAACCUAGUUUACAUAGACCAAAUUCGUAGUGCUGUAAUACUGCACAUGCUGCAGUUUUGGGGUUUUUUUUACAGUUUACUCGGUUUAGCUUCCUAUUUUCUCAAAAGGGCAUGGCAUACUGAAGCUUUAGGUAUUUAAGAUUUAAAAAAAAAAAAAUACACCCGUGUAUCUAGUUAAGGUGAUACUUAGGUCCCACACUAUGAUAAAAAGCAGCUUUCAUGCUCUUCAGUUUGGAGCAGAUGGUGAUUCCAUUUGUGAUUCUAACUAAUUCACUCUUGUGAAUGUACACCAGCAUCUUCUAAAGUCUGACCAUAGUUUUUCCAGGAUGCAACAAAAAAAGAGGCUUUGUCUGUAAUGACUAGACAAAUGUAUGUAGAUUUGAAUCUGCUGCAGUGUCCUGUCCUCAUCUCUUGUAUAAUGCUUUUCUGUCCCAGUAAUCUUUCAAACCGUAGUAACUUCUCUUUAAUGACUUAGUUCAAACUUAAAUAUCCUCAAAAUUUUUUUCAGCUGGAGGUCUUGAACAUAAUAAUGGUUGUUAGCUGGUGACCGGCCUCCAUCUCUAAGUCUUCUUGAUUGGUCCAUGUUCAUUUGGGUCUAAUGAAAUGUGGAAAAAUUUCAGCUUUCAGCAUAGGAUGGCUUAUUCAGUGCAGCUGUAGUGUGUAGUUUUGUUUAACUGUAAUGCUUUAUUUCCUAAGUUGUUUUUUACUUCCUUGGAUAUGGCAAUAAUUUUAUUUUUUCAAUAGCAAACAGUGAUUAUUUUUCCUGCCUGAAAAAGACUGAUUCAGAAAUAUCUGACAGUAAUACCUCUGGCAAGCUCCAUUAGCAAUUAGUACUUUUGAUACAGAAGAUGAUCUUAACAAAAUAUUUUUAAUACUAUCUAACUUGUGGUUCAUUUUGCUUUCAAACUAUACAGACCUGCUAAUCCUCAAUGUAAACUAUAUAUUACAUUGUUCUUUAAAAGAAAGUAAGUUGUAGCAAAACUGUCAGAAUCCUGAAUGUUUAAGGAUUGAAAUACAUUCUCUAGCUUAAAGAUGUGAGAAAAUCUGGCAUUUCUUAUUCUUUUUAACAGUUUCAGAGUUUACUGUGUCAAGUUCUCCAGUCAAAAAAGCAAAAUAUACUAUUACUUAUGAAAGGGCAAUGGUAAAACUUACUUCCUGGACUGCAGCUUGUAAAAUAGCUGGCAGUUGGCACAAGAACAAUGAUAAUCCUGAAACAUUAAUUGUUUUUAAUGUAAAGUGUAUUUUUUUUUUUUUUUAAUAAAUGUGGGUUUUUUUUUUAAUACAAUCUAGGAAGACAUUUUCUCUCUGGAGAAUCAGGCUAGUGUUACGCCACCUACCUGUAUGUAAGACUUGAACAAGGCAACAUCUAGUGCUUUAACCAAUAUUAAAGAAAGCGUUGUUCACCCA